CGAAGCUCAAUGAAAUUCUGGCGUUGUGGGCCGAACACCGACCUGCCACCAUCUGACAGAAGCUGUUAAUAAUCGGCUAGAAUGGGUGAAAGAAUUCAACAUCCGAAUAAACAUUUCAUUUGUUCUUUCGCUGACUGUAAAGCGACGUUUUCAAAGCUGUGGAAGUUGGAAGCGCAUUACUGCAGACACACGGGACUGCCCUUUGUUUGUGGCGACUGCGAGAAGAGCUUUUGCACCCGUUACCAGCUCACCCGACAUCAACUGAGCCACAGCGGGGAGAAACCCUACCUGUGCUCAGUCACCGGGUGUUCAGGUGCGUUCUCCACGCCUGGCAGCUUGAGGAACCAUGUGGCUCAUGUUCACCACCAAAAAGAAAGCUGUUAUGUGUGCAACCAUGAAGGCUGUGGAAAGGAGUUCCGUAAGAAAAAGCAACUGAAGAUUCACAUCUGUGAGCACACAAAGGAGUUGCCCUUUGAAUGUGACUUUGAGGGAUGCAAUGACAAAUUUGCUUCUUCUAAAGCUCUAAAACAACAUUGGAAGAUGCAUGAAGGUUACCCAUGUGGUGAGGAGUAUUGUAACUUCAAAGGAAAAACUUGGUCAGAGUAUCAGAAGCACAAAAAGACCGCACACAGAGUAACCUUGCCAUGUGAUCAAUGCAAGAAGAUGUUCCAGAAUGCCUGGUUUUUGGAGAAGCACAAACAGUCUGUUCACUCUGGGCAGCGGUGCAUGUUUAAAUGUGCUAGAGAAGGCUGUGAAAAGAGCUACACCACAAACUUCAACCUCCAGAACCACAUUCUGGUCUUCCAUGAAGGGAAGUGUGACUUUGCCUGCCCUUUUGCAGGCUGUGGUAAAGCCUUUGCUAUGGAGGAAAGUCUGAAGAGGCAUUUUGUGGUCCAUAAGCCUCAGAAGACAAAACUACAGAAGCCAAAAAUCAAGCAGCGCAAACGCAAGAAGACGCCAUCCAAAACCAAGUUGUCAGAUGCCACUAAAUUAUCCAAGCAUCUACAAAAUGUGUCCUUGAACAAGACUGCAUCAAAGAAGCAAUUGCCUUAAAUUUUUUUUUUUUUUUUUUUAAUGGGACAAUCCCUUUUGUCCCAUAGUUUCCUCAGUUUAAGUUUUGUUCAGUUUAUCGACCUAACAUUUGAGUUUAGAUCACUUUACAAAAUAAAUGGUCACUUCUGCAACUUUUGUUUUGUGGUGAAUAAAGUUCAUGAUGCUGGAAAAGGAACAGUCUAUGUUGAUAACUUUCAAAAGUCAUUUUCUAUUAAGCAUGUGAUCUAUGAGCCAAACAAGAACUUGGUUGUAGUCAAGUGAUUAAGGUUGGACUGGUUAGCAUGACCUGG